AUGCGUUUCUUUUACAUAUUGUCAACUCUUUCCUUCUUCAUUCUCAACUUUCCAACUUUGAGAGCUUCUUAUCUUGCUGGACCAGCUUCAGCUGAUUAUGUCACCUAUAAUGCAAGCCUGACAAUUCCUAACCCACUUCCGGAGGAUACGUUUGUAAUUUACACCAUAAACGAUCGUAAUUCGGUAACAUAUUCAGAAGAUGGGGGGUUCCCUGGUAGUGCGAAAGGUCAAUGCAAGGGACUUGCUGGUCCGGAUCGUCAAUUUUUGGGCCCAUGCUUGAUUACGGUCGAUUAUGAAUCUUUGGAAGGAUUCAUGCUAGCUCGUUGUCGUCCUCAAGAUGGUUCAGAUGCAAGUACGGAUGCAAGUGUACAAAUUCACCUUUGGUACGAUGAUACAGUAGGCGUAAUGAAGGCUGAUAUGUAUGUUCAUUCAUCACAUGCAUGGUAUGGAUUUGGAAAUGAACCAAAAGAUAGCCCAUUACACUCAAACAACCAAACCUUCAUCAAUCCUGAUCAAGUCAUUUUGAUCAAUUGCGCGGAUGAUAAACGCACUCCAAUUUCAGAUUAUUAA